AUGAGUCUCUGCAGUUGGAAUGCUCGAGGUUUGGGGAGCCCUCGAGCAUUCCGUAAUCUCUCCCUGCUGGUCAAACAACAUCAGCCCAUGAUGUUGUUUGUUAUGGAGACUAAGUUGCCGGCUGGACGUGGAAUGGACCUGAAACACAAGCUUCGUUUUGAUAGUGUUUUAGAGGUGCCUAGGCAAGGUCUUGGGGGAGGGAUUUUACUUUUUUGGAAAGACUAUAUCGAUGUUAAUGAUGAAGUCUACUGGAAGCAGCGUUCUAGAGUUGAUUGGUUGCGUGCUGGAGAUAAAAAUACUAAAUUUUUCCACCACCGUGCCUCCAAUCGCAAAAAGAACAAUUUCAUUCGCCUCAUUACUCUUCUUGAUGGAUCCAUUUCUCACGAUCAUGCCACUAUAACUUCCCAAUUUCUUCAUUUUUAUAAUUCUCUCUUCACCUCUCAAGGUGUUUGUGAUGUGGCUGUCACUUCCCUUCUCCAAGGGAUUACUAAUAGGUUAUCCACUCAUCAAGUUGCUUUUCUAGCUGAACCUUACACAGAAGUUGAAGUUAAAAAUGCGUUAUUUAGCCUCUCUGCGGACAAAGCUCCUGGGCCUGAUGGACUCAACUCGCUUUUUUACAAAAGUAAUUGGUCCACUCUAGGCACAAAUUUCACUAAGGCUAUGCUUCAGAUUCUUAAUCAUCAGGGGGACAUCUCCCCAAUCAAUCAAACUAUUAUUGUCCUCAUCCCCAAAAAGAAAAAUCCUAAGCAUGUUCGUGACUUUCGACCGAUUAGUCUUUGCAAUACUUUCUAUAUGUGCCUUUCCAAAGUUAUUGCAAAUCGGUUAAGACUUGUGCUUCACUCCAUUAUCAGUAUCAAUCAAAGUGCUUUUCUCCAAGGGCGCCAAAUUACUGAUAACAUUCUCCUUGCGAAUGAAAUUAUUCAUGCCAUUCAUUCUAGACGAUCGGGGAAGAUUGGUUGGGCUGCUAUUAAACUUGAUAUGGAGAAGGCUUUUGACAGAGUAGAAUGGUCUUUUUUAAAUCGUUUGCUUAAUCAUGUUGGUCUUCCUUCUUCGUUCUCAUCUCUUAUAAUGCGUUGUCUUUCCACGGUCCAAUUUCGUCUAUCCAUAAAUGGCUCUCUUACUGACACUUUCCAUUCAACGCGUGGUCUCCGACAAGGGGAUCCGUUAUCUCCCUAUCUUUUUCUUUUAAUUGCUGAGGGUCUUUCUGCAGCAAUUCGAUUGCAAGAAGCUCAGGCUCAUUUUUCUGGCAUUCAGAUUUGCAGGGGUGCCUUGCCCCUGUCUCAUCUCUUGUUUGCUGAUGAUAGCAUGGUUUUCUCUCCUGUCCAUUCUCAAGCCAGUGAUUCCCUUAAUGAUAUUCUUGAUCUCUACAAUAAAGCUACGGGCCAAUUGGUGAAUAGAGAUAAAUCCUCCAUCCUUUUCUCCCCGAAUACCUCUGCUGAUGCCCAGCUUUGUUUUCGUCAAUCCCUUCAACUUCUGGGGGAGGGCUUCAUUAGUAAGUACCUUGGUGUCCCCCAUUGCGUUGGCAGGGUCUCCAAUUCCAUGUUCCAUUAUCUGCUUCAAAAAGUCUCAUCCAAACUUAACUCCUGGAACGAAAAUUUUUUCUCUAGGGCUGGUAAGGAAACUCUUAUUAAAGCGGUGGUCCAAGCUAUCCCCUCUUUUGCAAUGUCCUGUUUCAAAGUGCCCAAAUCGAUUUGUCAUAAAAUUCAAAGCUUGAUUGCUAAAUUUUGGUGGGGAUCCCACGACACUAACAAAGUUCACUGGAAAAACUGGGAUGUUAUUUCUGUCUCCAAGUUUUUUGGGCGCCUGGGGUUCCGUAUUUUAUCCUGUCAUAACCAAGCUCUCUUAGCUAAGCAGGCUUGGCGUAUUUGGAAUGAUAGGAAUUCCCUUCUUCAUUCUGUUCUUAAAGCUCGGUAUUUCAAAAAUUCUGAUUUCAUGAAUGCCCCUAUUGGUCUGGUUUGGAAGAUUGGUACUGGAACUAAUGUCCCCUUAUCUGCUCCCAAUUUGAUUCCUAACAUUCAACGUCCCAUCCUACUGCAUCCUCUUCCCCAGUCCCAAGCUUAUGUUUCUUUUUUCAUUAAUGAUGAUUCAACUUGGAACGUCCGCAAACUUCAUUAUUACUUCCCUUCUUACCAAGUUGAUCAUAUCCUCACAACCCCCAUCGACCCUGCAUCUUUUGAUUCUCUUAUUUGGGGUUUCCACCCCUCAGGCAAUUUAACUGUCAAAUCUGCCUACCAUCUUGCUUGCUCUCUUGAAUCAGUUGAUGUUCCCUCCUCUUCGAAUCCUAAUCCGUACCUUCAUUGGUGGAAAACCCUUUGGUCUCUUCCUGUUCCUCCCAAAAUUAAACAUUUUAUUUGGAGAGCCUUCCACCAUAUUUUGCCUUGUGCUUUCAAUCUUUUCCUUAAAAGGACUCUUCCUCACCCAAAUUGCUCUAUCUGUGGGCAUAAUACUGAAUCAGUCUCUCACGCCCUUAUUGGUUGCACAAGAGCAAAGUCUAUUUGGAAAUCUUCAAGAUUCAAGCAGUUUUACUUGACUUAUCAAAAAUGUGACAUUAAGGAUUUUCUUUUGCAGGCUUUACAUAAUAUUCCUAAACAGGAUUUCCAAAUUUUCAUUACUUUCAUUUGGCAGAUUUGGAAUGCUCGAAACUCCAUUCUUUUCAACAAAAAUUAUACUACUAACAAUGUGGAAGAAAUUAUUGUUAAUUAUUUACAGGAAUACAGUGCUACUCAAUACUCGCAACAAGAUGACACUCUGCACUCAGAGGCUACACGCAUCCCUCAUGCUUCUCAUCAGCAUCUCCCUCCUUCCCUGUCACCUGAUACACCUGCUCUUUUUGUAGAUGCAGCUGUAGACCAUCAGAAUGGCCUAACUGGAACUGGUUUUGUCUUCAAGUGUGGAUUUCAGACUGUGUUAGCUUCUCAUUACCAUCGCCUGCCUGGUGCUGUCUCUCCUAUUUUCUCUGAAGGCCAAGCUCUUUUGCAGAGUCUCAAGUGGUGCAUUGACUCACAAUUUUCUCCACAAGUAGUUUUCUCCGAUUGUUUGAAUUUAGUCUCAAAAGUAAAUGGAGCCUGGCAGGACAAUUCUGCACUUUCUGGUUUAGUGUCUCGGAUUCGAUUGCUCUUCUCAAAUUUCCCUGGUGCUUCGUUGCAGUUCCUUCCUCGACAAUUUAAUAUGGACGCUCAUAAUCUUGCAAGAGAAGCUCUCAGGUCAAGAGAAGUUAGCUAG